GCUGUCAAAACUGCUUGAAACAAGGCAGGACACUAGGGGACGUUUUAGAAACUGAUAGACUCACGAUAACUAGUUAGCUUGCUAACAAAGUCUCGGUCAGAGCUCACCAAACUUAGCCGAUGUUAGUGCAGCAUAGCUGACUUUAUUUAGUUCUGUUCAUAUGAUGGUUGCUAUCUAGCUAUCUAAACUUGAUACGGACUUUGGAAACCAAUGUAUUCAUGAAAACGAAACAAAACUUGUUUCGUUUUAGGCAUUUCCUGGAGACAGAACCUGCAACUGGGAUGUAAAGACAAUCGAAAGAAGAAAACCUUUGGCUUAAACGCGAUUAGCCAAAGAUCGUUAUGGAAGGGGGUUCGGGACGCAUGCAAACCAGCGACAAGGGGGUGGAAAGAUUAAUGGAUGAAUUUCUGAAGACCAAAGGGUUCUAUCGGAAGAAAAUUGCCAAAGACGGGUCCUGUCUGUUUAGAGCGGUCGCCGAGCAGGUACUUCGCUGCCAAAGUCGGCAUACCGAAGUAAGAGCUACCUGUGUUGAUUACUUGAAAAAGAACAGAACAAAGUACGAGUCGUUCAUUGAGGGGAACUUCGAAGAGUACUUACACAGACUGGAAGAUCCGCAGAACUGGGUUGGAGAAGUGGAGAUAAGUGCCUUGGCUCUCAUAUAUCGGCAUGAUUUCAUCAUCUUUCAGGAACCUGGGAAACCCCCUGUUAAUAUAACUGAGAACAGCUUUUCUGAUAAGGUGCGGCUGUGCUUCCUGAAUGGGAAUCACUACGACAGUGUCUACCCCAGCGAGUUUGUCAACAAGGCCGCCCUCUGCCAGUCCAUCCUGUACGAGCUCCUGUACGAGCAGGUGUAUGGCGUGGACCACGGCGUUGUGUCUGCCUGCCUCCGGAACAGCGGCGAUGCCGGGGAUGAUGGGUACAGCGAGUGCAAGAGCAGCGAGGAGUCGGACCUGGAGGAAGAGGACGAGUUCUGGCCCAGUGAUGCCGUUGCUCCCACCAACAUGAACAACCAGAGGUCUUCGAACAGUAGUCAGCCUUCUAAGACGGCGAAGCCCCCCCAGUCGCCGUCGGCGCUGUCCCGCAGAGUCCAGCUGUCCCUAAACCCCGCCCUCUUCAGGAACGUGGAGUACGACGUGUGGCUGCGCUCUAAGAGAGCUCAGCAGAAGCGGGACUUCUGCAUCGCUGCUGGAAUGCAGUACACCGUGGGGGACAAGUGCAAGGUGCGCCUGGGUAACACGGGAAAGUUCUACAGCGCCUACAUCCAGGAAGUGACACCGGACCACGGGCCCGUCACUGUGUUUAUCGAAGAACUCGGAGAGAAGCACUCCGUCCCCCUGUGGAACCUGCGGCCCUCCUCCUCUCUGGACGGGGACUCGUGGAGCAUGGUGGCAGAGAGAGGGAAGCGCUUCAGCGUGUCCAACGGGAACGGGCAUCACCCGGGCAAGGCGCCGCGGGCAUCCGACCAGCCGGCGGGACGGGACGGGCGCGGGGGGAGGAGACCGGGGAAGAGCUCGCCCACCCCCCAGGGCCCCGCCGCCGGGCCCCCGCCCCGCAUGCACAAGCAGCACUCCUGGCCCCCCCCGGCCACCGCGGAGGAGCCGGGGACGGAGGGGAGCGCUCGCACCAGCACCAGGUCCCCAGACUGGGGGAGGAAUGGGUGCCUGCAGACCAAGCCGCCAUCAGACUCCACCCUGAAGAGCCAGAAAGCCUCCGCUAGAGCUGCCUUUAGGAAGGGCGAGACGGGGCCCCCUGGUGGCUCGGCGCAGGAGCUGCACUUCGGGCUGUCGCAGGACGAGCGGCUCGCCCUGGAGGAACAGCAGAAAUCUCAGGCCCUCCUGGAGAUCAUGCAGCGGGACGAGAGGAGCUUCCCCGCACUGGCGAGCCAGGGGGGGGCCCGGGCCCCUCAGCCAGACACGGGGAGGAGGACGGCCCCCCAGGCCGGAGAGAGGCGUGCCUACAGGAGGAAGGGGGACGCCCCAGAGCCGUUCCAGGAUGGUGAAAAUGUCCCCCGAUCGGCCCAGAAGGAGGAAAACAAACUCUUGACUUCAGCCCAGCCUGGCUGCUCUUCAGGGGCGCACAGUGCUCCACCACACCCCCCUCCUGAGCCCAGCAUCGCUGCUGCAGUCACAACUGCCCCUCCCCCUGCCGUAUCUGCCCCUCCCCCUGCCGUGUCUGCCCCUCCCCCUGCCGUAUCUGCCCCUCCCCCCUGCCGUCUCCCCCUGCCGUAUCUGCCCCUCCUCCUGCUGUAUCUGCCCCUCCUCCUGCCGUAUCUGCCGCUCCCACAGCUGUAUCUGCCCCUGGCCUGGCUCUAUCUGCCCCUGCCCCUCCCCCGGCUGCAUCUGCCCCUCUCCCUGCCGUAUCUGCCAUUCCCCUGGCUGCAUCUGCCCCUCCCCCGGCUGCAUCUGCCCCUGCCCCUCCCCCGGCUGCAUCUGCCCCUCUCCCUGCCGUAUCUGCCGUUCCCCUGGCUGCAUCUGCCCCUCCCCCGGCUGCAUCUGCCCCUGCCCCUCCCCUGGCUGUCACAUCUGCCCCUACUUACAGUCCAUCUGCCCCUGCUGCUGCUCCACCUGCCCACAUUCCAACCCCACCCUCCAUCUCAGCUGCCCCGUUUACCCCUGCUGUCCUCCCCGCCCCCCCCUCCACAACCGCGGGACUCAGCACCCCCUGCAGGAUUCCUUCCCGCAUCACUUCCUGUGGAGCCGCCGCCCUACAACGGGGCGAGCCCCUGCCCCCCAGGUGUGAUGUCCCAGCUUGGGAUCGCUCCAGGACCUCCUCCAACCCCCCCAGUGCUACCUGAGCACCUGUCCCACCCCCACGCCCACUCCCCCGCACUGCCCCCCCAAGGACCCCUGUCCUUCCACCAGAUGGCGCAGCUGUACCAGGACCCCCUGUACCCCGGCUUCCCCACCAAUGAUAAGGACGAGAUGCUGAGCGUGCCCCAGUACUGCUACAUGCGCGACGGACAGGACCUCCCCCGCGAAAUUGGCGUCCUGAGAUUCUUCUUCAAUCUGGGCAUCAAGGCUUACACUUACCCGUCAUGGCCGCUGCACACCUACCUGUACCAGCUGCAGCAGGCCCAUCUGUCCCUGCAGCCCAAAGUCUCCUACAUGGCACCCUGGUACCCUGAAGCCCCGCCCCCCGGACCCUUCCGCAUGAACUCCGUGCCCAUGGAGGGGUACGGACGCCCCCCGAGCUACAGACACGCCACGGCAGGCGGGCGGGGUCCGGGCCAGUUUGAGCACGCUCACUGUCCUGUGCAGCCCGGGGUGGGCGUGGCCAUGGUGGGCGGAGCCAUCGGGCCUCAGCACACGGAGCUGGGGCUGGGUUCGGACGGGCGCCCCCCCCUGGGCUACAGCCCCCAGCCCCCCGCCCCACUGCAGCCUUACCUCGGGGGCAUGCCAUGGCCCGGGCCCCGCCCAAACCCUGCCUUCUCUAGGGCUUUCUCCACCCCUCCUCCUCCCCCCGCUCCUCAGUACCCCCCCCCAGUGGCGCAGUACCCCCCCCCCAGUGGCGCCGUACCCCCCUGUCUCGCACGGGUACCACGCUCCCCGACUGUCUGCCGGCUUGCCGCUGGCCACGCCUACCGUCAGCCAGCCUCCCGCGGAGGAGAAGCAGGGCCCGCCCCCGCCACAGAUGGCCCCGCCCCCAGUGGUUUCCACAGUAGCGGGAGGCGGUGAUGCCCGGCGCGAGCGCUCGACUCCUGAGCCGCCUGGCCCCCCCGCGGCGAGCGUGAGGAACCAGCUCCAGGGCCCCCCCUACGAGAGCCGGAGCGAGGAGGGCGUGGCCGGAGGGGGGGGCGAGCCCCAGGCCUGCGGUACGGCCUACUCCCCCAGCGAGGUUUGGGAGGACGAGGGCGAGCCGGGCGAGGAGGCCCUGCAGAGCGGGCGCUCCUACUACGGCCGCACCUACAGGGGGAGGCGGGGCCACGACGAGGGGCGGGGCUAUCGGGACGGCCGCUGGAAAGGGGAAGGAAGAGGUUACCGCGGGCGACGGGGGUCGGACGAGCGGCGAGAUCACACCUACAGGGACAGGAGAGGGGCGGAGAACAGCUCCGGGUAUCCCGGCCCCUCCCUUAAAGGACAGAGGGGCAGGGGGCGGGGCUACAGUCCCUAUGCCAACGGCCGCGACACCGGCUACACCGCAGCCAAUCAGAGGAGCAACACUUAUGCAGAGUCGUAAAAACGUUACCGUGACGUUGCAGUGUUUUCCUAAUUUCUGUUUUUCCUAAAUCGAAAUUUUAAAACGUUUUGACUAUAGGAAUGUUUAGUGUCUUGUUUUAUUUUUUCCUUUCUCAUUCACGCUUUCCAUUUCCUUCCCAUUUGGAACGUCCCUCUCAUUUCGGGUGAGGAAGAUUUAUAAGUACAUUUAUAGCGAGACUUUGCUUUCUUUUUCUUAUCGCCGUCUGACUUUAAGAACAGGUGUGUAAAUCUGUACACUAUAGUUUGCACUUCCGAAAGGUUUAAUAAAAUUUGGAAAUUAAAGCCAAAGACUAAUCUACCUGAAUUAACGUUUUGUGGUUUUCGUUUUGAUUAUUUAUCAGUUUUUAUUCUUAACAAGAAAAAAAAAAGUAGAAUGCUGUAAACUUGAAAAUGAGAUUAAUUUCAUCUAAGUUGACGCUUUGUUUUUAAGGAAGAGCGACUGCUUCGUAAAUAUCCAUGUAGCUCGCGCACUGAAGCGCUGCUCGUGCAGUUGGGUGGGUAGUGCUGACGGAUCUGCAGCAUCGUGCAGUGGACCCAGAGUCAUCUCCACCAACAGGGGGAGCUGCUUUCUCUGCGUGACCAUACCUGUUCCAAAUACAGGGGGUGGAGAAAUAGACCCUCAUGUAAGAUAUUUAGUAAGAAAUGGAAUGAAGGUGUGGUUGAGUGAUUUUCAUACUGUAAAUUUUACUUUAUCAGUGAAAUUGCUUCUGAAAUAUACAAAGAAUACUGGUGUUUCUGGACAUUUCUCUGCAAGUCUUGGUUUAUUUUGCCUGAAGGGUUUACAUGAUCGUACUUCAGCUGUGGUGAGCAAGCUUUGUUUCUAAAGCCAUCGAGGGCUACCUCUUCCCUCACCACCGCAGUGCCUUAAAGAAGUGAUACUGCCAUGUGCAUUAAUGGAGUUUACUGCUGCUUGUCUGUGGGUAGUGAUAUGCAGGGUUUGUGCAUGUUACGCACUGUAGAGAACGCUGGUUAACAGUACCUGUGCUGAUGUUCUGCUGCGUGUAACCGCCUGCCAUGAUGGGGUUAUUUAUCUUUUUGGAUCACUACUUUUGCAUGGGCCACUAGAUGCCAGACGUUACUGGCUACCUUUCAAAAUGGUGCUGGAAAGUCUUUAUAUAAUUUUUUUUAUUAGGUUAGUCUUGCCUUUAAUAGCGAUCAUCCCCAACGGUGCGUCCGUACUGCUGCACCCCGUACUGCCGCGCUGCCUCCUCUCGUCCACUUUGGCCCCGUUUGCAGACCCUUUCCUGUCAGUCCUGCUCUUCUGAAGCCCCGGGGAACGCAGGCAUCUGCCCUUGUCACCCUGCUGUGGUCCUUACUGAACUUCGGCUCCAGAUCUGAGCAUUAAUGCUAAAGCAGGAGACCGCGGCCUUCGUUAUUAGCUGAGCUAGCCCAGCCGUCGUCCUCCACAUGGGGAUCGCCGAGCACUAACUUCUGAUAGGGCGGCUAAAUCUAAUCAGGGGUCCCUCCCUGGCCUUAAGGCUGAUAAAUGAAAGGACUGUUCUGUGUUUCUUGGGCAUGUUGAUUGUUCAGUGGCCUUAAGGCCGAAGCUUUCAGGUUAAUGGUGAACCCCGUGGAUCAGUCGCUCGCUGCUCGUGUGCAGAAAGGCUGUCGCAGCCCCGUGCAACGCAUCAGGAGCGUACGUGCGCAGGGAUGGGUUUUAUUUCUGUGUUCGUUUCCGAUCUAAACGUCUCACUCCGGCUCAAACACGACAGACAGGCGUCUUCAUACUGGCCCAAAGUUUCAUGCCUUAAAGUAGGAGUUCUCCCGAGUGUCUGGUUUACUUGAAAGAUUUGCAUUGUUGUUACACUGCUGUUACGUACCUUUUUUUAAAUAAUAAUAAAGGGUCCAUCCCCACCAAA